AUGCGCGCGGGCCGAGGUGAGCGGGUAACAACCUUGCCAGGCCUCACUCCCAGCCGGGUCACCCAGCGCCCAAGACGUGCCCUCCUCGACUCCUCCCGAACCAGCCUGCAGAAAGGACAGCGUGGUGCAGCGGUAAGCCGAAGCCCUGACCGACGAAGCUUGCUUUCAACGAAGCAGACUGGAGGAAUAAUGGCGCCCGAGGGUCACAGUGAAUAUUUCGAUCCCUUUGCGAGGUUUAGGCCUGAAAUCGUGGCGCUGAACAUAACAACAGCGACGAAGGUUAGUGAGUAUAUACAGAAGCGGCUAGCUGAGGAGAGAGAGGACCGCUUACGUGCCGAGGAACGUGAGAGAGAGGACCGCCAGCGGGAGGAGGAAAGGCAGGAACGUGUGAGGCAGGAAAUGAUUCGUGCCGAAGAACGGGAACACGAGAAGGCGAUGGCUGAAAUGGAGCUUCGCCGUGCGGAGGCAGAAGAGACUCGAUCUCGAAAUUCUGAGGGAAGCACUCUUCGUGCCUUACAUAGGGUGAAACUUAAUGCUUACCGUGAAGGGGAAGACAUUGAUGCUUUCAUUUCCCGUUUCGAGAGGCUGGCCAAGUUGUAUCAGAUGGAGUCUGAAGAGAAGGCCAUCGAAUUUUUCAGCCUGUUUACAGGCAAAGCCUUGUCCAUCGUACAUGGGCUAGGGCCCGAAGAUAACUCGUACGAGCACAUGAAAUGCGCUCUUUUGAAGGCGUUUGGCAGAACGGCGGAGGCAGCCAAGCAGGUAUUUCGCAGUGCCGCUAUCAGCGAUAACGAAACUGCCGUUCAGGCUCACGCCAGAAUUUCCCGUCUCUUUGACGAGCGAGUGCAAAAGGAAGGGAUUUACCUCACGUAUGAAGCGCUGCGGGAGUUAGUCAUACGCGACAGGUUUGAGGAAAUGUGCCCGCCUGAGUUUGUGGCCACCACUAAGGCCACGGGAAACGUACAGGCAAAUAAAAUGGCGGAAAACCUGGACCUCCAUUUUGCCGCACAUGGACGUAAAAAUGUUCGAGUUCGUUCCGCGGGGAGCGGCAACAAGGCGCAACCCAACGAUCCGGAGCCAGUAAGGAAGGAGCAGGCACCGCCUCCCUUCCGGCAGAAUAAGCCACAAGGACACCCCAGGGAGGGUAGUAAGUUCCAACCACCACGUGGGUGGAAUGCCGGCUCAUUGCGUCCCACACCACCUAUGAGAGCUGCCCCACACAGGAGGCAAAUAUGCUGUCGCGCUACUCGAUACGCCGGACGAUAUUGUACCAGCGGCAGACGCUACUCCAAUUACAGCUGUCCAGAACCACCCACACUACUACACCCCAACUACAGGAUGAGUUGUCACUUGUGUCCUGUGUUUGAAUAUGAGAUGUAUAUGGUACUAUGAAGACACUAAACUUUCUCUUUGUUGGCAGAGGGACUCUGAGGCCAACCCCGACCUGAAGGCCGUUCAGAACACGCUCGUGUCUCCCAGAGAGGGGUGUCACCACGCUGCGUCUUCCCCAAGAUGAAUCCGAAGACACCGCUCCGUGUUCGUGUAGCGUCUGCGUGUCUCUUAAACAUACAUUACGUACGCUCGAACACCUACACUCCGUUAUGUUAUACACAAACAUACAUAACAAUAGGAGGGCGGUUUAAGUCUGACGAUAUUUCGUCUUGCAAAAGGCACGGGAAGGUUCAGCUGGUUCAGGAGUUUUCCCCCUAAGCGAGAUUCUUAACGUAAAUACGGGGUUUUACCCUCAUGAGCCACCUGAGCUUCCACCCGAAGACCCCUUUUAGUCUACACACACAACCGUUGGUAGCUAGUUAGGCUUAGAAUUUUUUUUCCCGAAAAAAAAUCGUUUGUAUGGGGUAAUGUGAGAGCACAGGAACACUAGAUUUUGAGAGGGCAAUAAAUUACCGCCCCGUCAAAGGAGAGAACCAUUUGCCAUGCGGGCAGGUGGGCGGAGCCUGUAUCAAUGCGCGCGGGCCGAGGUGAGCGGGUCACGACCUUGCCAAGCCUCACUCCCAGCCGGGUCACCCAGCGCCCAAGACGUGCCCUCCUCGACUCCUCCCGAACCAGCCUGCAGAAAGGACAGCGUGGUGCAGCGGUAAGCCGAAGCCCUGACCGACGAAGCUUGCUUUCAACGAAGCAGACUGGAGGAGUGAGUACACCAGUGGAACGCCUUGGGUGAGUUAUUUGUGGUAAGGCCUGUUCACAAGACCGCAUUUCCAGUCACCCCAGCGACCACGUGGUCGUCGCUCCUUGCGCGGCAUAGUAACAGUGCAUAGUGCCGGCUAAUUACCUCCGUGACCCAGUAACUUAACGUAAGGCUGUGCUCUCACAACGUAAAAGGACCGGGCACUGGCCUCACUUCCGAGGGAAUAGGUAUUUCUUUCUGUGUGCGGCCCACGCGCCACUGAGUGUAGCCAUAGCUAGCCAGGCCUUUGUUGUAAUUACUGUGUAAAUAUAAGUCAAAUAUUUAUGA